UGGAAAGGUGGAAUACCGCACGGACGGCUGGCUGGAGAAGAAUAAAGACCCCCUUAACGACAACCUCGUCCGUGUCUUGGCAGCAUCUACUGAACCCUACGUGGCCUCGUUAUUCCAGGACUUUGGAAACACAUAUUCAGAGUUGCCUUCUUCAAGCGUGGGUUAUUCUGUGGGGAAGAAACGGAGCGUGAAGAAGGGUGCCUUCAGAACCGUCGCUCAGAGACAUAGAGAACAGCUUUCUCUUCUCAUGGCUCAGCUGCAUGCCACUCAGCCUCACUUUGUUCGCUGCAUAGUCCCGAACACAAACAAGAAGCCCGCGCGUAUUGAUGUACCACUCGUCCUCGACCAGCUACGCUGCAACGGUGUCUUAGAAGGUAUACGAAUUGCCAGACUGGGUUAUCCCAAUCGGCUACCCUUCGUGGAGUUCCGCCAGCGCUAUGAAAUUCUGACACCAGGUAUAAUACCACGAUGGUUAUAUGGACGGACGUAAGGCAUGUUUGAGGAUGGUCGAGGCCCUUGAACUUGAUGGAGAGCUAUACCGUGUUGGAACGUCGAAAAUUUUCUUCAAAGCUGGUGUCCUGGCUGAACUCGAAGAGCGCAGAGAUGCUCUUCUGUACGACGUUUUCUCGAAGCUACAAGCAGUCGCACGGAAAUUCUCGGCUCGAAGGCAAAUGAAGAAAAUUCUGAACCGUGCUGUUGCUAUCCGCACAGUCCAACGGAAUGCUCGUCUGUACGGAGAGCUCAGGGAUUGGCCGUGGUGGCAACUAUACACGAAGGUACGACCAUUGCUCGCGGCUACCCGUAACGACGAGGAAUUGCGACGGAAGGAGGUAGAGCUACAACUGAUCAAAGAGAGAGCAGAGCGCGACCAGCGCGAGCGAGAGAACUUGCAGAACAUGAAGAUGACUCUAGAAGCUGAAAAACAAAAGAUUGUCCAAGAGCUAGAAGCUGAGCGCGCUCUUGCGUCGGACAAGGAUACCCUACUAGAAAGAAGCAAGCAACGUGAGGUCGAGCUGGAAGAGGAGAUUGUGGCACUGCACGGAGACUUGGAUGUGCUCGACUCUCAGUUGGAUAGAGCCCUCAAACUACAGAAGGAGAGCGACGAAAAGCACGAACAACUGCGACAAGCGUUCGACGAAGCUGCAGAGCAUCUUGUCCGCCUAGAAAAUGAACAAAUUACAUGGAAGAAGAAAGAGGCGGAAUUCGCGGAUCUUCUCCCAACGAUGGAACGCAGUAUUCUACAACUGCAAGAAGACCGAGAUGCAUUGCAGAAAGUCAACGAGGAUGUCACGACGUUAUUGUCUCAACGGGAGGAAGACCUAGCUCGGCUCAAAGAACGUGCAGAAUCUUCGACAAAUGAACUACAGGUCAAGCUCGCAGCAGAACUCCGUACCACGUUGAACAACUUGAAAGAAGUGCAAGGCACACCAAGGACCAACUUGCCGAGCUGACCCGUACAGCUACGGAAUAUACCUCAAUCAUCCAACGAAAAGAGGUCGACGUUGCUAAUCUUACCUCGGAAGUUUCUGCGUCCAAGACAGAACUUGCACAACUGGA